AGCUGGCUAGCCAGUUGUUUUGGGAGAAGAAGAAAAGGGCUACAAGCGGAAGAAACACCGUAUUUGGUGGCAGAUAGUUUUUCGGUUUAUGGUCCCGGUUUUUAAACACACUUUGAAUUAUGUCGACCCCGGCAAGGAGACGGCUUAUGAGAGAUUUUAAAAGACUUCAAGAAGAUCCUCCCACCGGUGUGAGUGGAGCACCAUCAGAGAACAACAUCAUGCUUUGGAACGCUGUUAUUUUUGGACCUGUGGGAACACCAUUUGAAGAUGGAACAUUUAAGCUUCUGAUAGAGUUUUCAGAGGAAUACCCAAACAAGCCUCCUACUGUUCGAUUUGUGUCCAGAAUGUUUCAUCCAAAUGUUUAUGCCGAUGGCAGUAUAUGUUUAGACAUCCUUCAGAAUCGCUGGAGCCCCACAUAUGAUGUGUCAUCCAUACUCACUUCUAUCCAGUCAUUGCUGGAUGAGCCAAACCCAAACAGUCCUGCCAACAGUCAGGCCGCACAGCUCUAUCAGGAAAACAAGAGGGAGUACGAGAAGAGGGUGACGGCCAUCGUGGAGCAGAGCUGGGUGGACGUCUGAGCUUUUCCUCACUCUUUGCUCCUUCCUUUCUAUCACCCUGUCUUCAUCAUCCCCAUCACCUCAGUCUCCUUUUUUUUACCUCAUCUAAAAAAAACAAACAACUCUAUC